CCCCCGGGAACAUUUGGGCCUCUAAUAGUGGCACUUGAAAGGAGCCUGGGAGGCUGACUGGGCAUGGCAGGGCCAGGGAAAUGAAAAGGCACUUUGCAGUGUCCCCAUUUCUGUAAUUGGGAUGUUUUGCAUGAGAGAUGAGCUUGGUAAACACGUUCCAUGUGCAAAGGUGCUUCUGGGCCCGGGGCUGUGCGGGGCUCUAUAAAAGCCCGUCCGACUGCAGGCUCCUCAUCCACUUCUCCUGCCUUCUCCUCCUCGGUGAACCAGGUGUGCCACCCCCAGCCAUGUCCUGCUACGACCUGUGCCGUCCCUGCGGCCCCACCCCGCUGGCCAACAGCUGCAACGAGCCCUGUGUGAGGCAGUGCCAGGACUCCCGGGUGGUGAUCCAGCCCUCGCCCGUGGUGGUGACGCUGCCCGGGCCCAUCCUGAGCUCCUUCCCCCAGAACACCGCCGUGGGCUCCACCACCUCCGCCGCCGUGGGCAGCAUCCUCAGCGAGGAGGGAGUGCCCAUCAACUCCGGGGGCUUUGGCCUUGGUGGCCUCGGUGGCUACGGCCUCGGUGGGCGCUACUGUGGCCGGAGGUGCCUGCCCUGCUAAAGCCUGAGCCCAGCGAGGGCCUCGCCCAGGGAGCCCAAAGCCGAUGGAGCUGCUGGACGCCGCUUCCAGGAGGGCUGAGAACCUUCACACCCUCCUCCAGCCCAGGGAGGGAAGGAAGGGGCUUUCUGGACUCGUGGCCAACUUGUCUUGUUCUUUAAAAUCCUGCCUUCGAUGACUUUCCUUGUGUCUGUGAGUUGGAAUUUCAGACUGACCUGGCUGUGCUUCCGAAGGGUCAGCUGGAUGGGUUUUAUUCAGGAAUUAAGGAAAAGCGGAGUCUUGCUUGCUGUCUCUCAGUUGGAAUGGUUUAAGUGGUUUCUUUUCCCUUUAUAAAUAUAUGUAUUCCUUUUGUUUUGCUGAAAACUACUUGACUUUUUAUCAUUAAACUGAUGUUGCAUCUGAA